AUGCUCACGACAAUUAUCUGUCUCUCUGCGCUGUGGGUAGCUGGUAAUGCUGCUCCAAGCAGUAUACCAGGCCCAACAGCCCAAGUCCGCAAUGGGACAUAUGUCGGGGUAAAGAACGACCACUACCAGCAGGACUUUUUCCUGGGUAUGCCAUAUGCGCAGCAGCCGAUCGGUGACCUACGGUUCACGGUACCCCAAUCAUUGAAUGAAAGCUGGGAUGGAGUGCACGAUGCGAAAGAGUACUCUAACAUCUGUGUGGGAUAUGGUACGGAUUCAAUCUGGUAUCCGAUGUCCGAAGCUUGUCUUACCUUGAACGUGGUCCGAGGUUCAUCCGCGAGUGAGGGCUCCAAUCUCCCCGUGGGUGUUUGGAUCCACGGUGGUGGAUUCUAUAUGGGCUCAGGGUCAGAUGAGCGGUAUAACAUGUCUGCUAUUGUAGCAAACUCGUAUAGGAUCGGCAAACCGUUCAUUGCCGUGACCUUGAACUAUCGCCUCUCCGCGUGGGGCUUCUUGAGCUCCAGUGAGGUCGCCAGUAGCGGAAACACCAACCUCGGUCUCCGGGACCAGAGACUGGCGUUACAGUGGAUCAAAGAGAAUAUCCAGGCCUUCGGUGGCGAUCCAGAGAAGGUCACAAUCUGGGGAGAGUCCGCCGGGGGAAUGUCCGUUGGCACUCAUCUUAUCGCAUACGGUGGUAGAGAUGACGGUCUCUUCCGCGGAGCGAUUAUGGAAUCUGGCGGAUCCAUAACAGCCAGUCCAAUGAAUGACACCGGCUACCAGGCGAUGUACGAUGAAGUGGUGGCGAAAGUUGGUUGCUCUAAUGCCGCCAAUACGCUGCAAUGUCUGCGCGAGGUUCCAUUCGAGGAAUUGAAUACCGUUUUCAACGGCACUGACGGCAAUCCAGCGUACUCCUUCUCUCCCAUUGCUGACCAGGAUCUCGUGAGGGGCCGGGGAAGCGUCCAGCUGGACCAACAUGAAUUCGUCAAAGUGCCCAUCCUCGCAGGCACCAAUACAGACGAAGGAGCUAGUUUCGGUCCCACAGGGAUCAAUACCACGGAGCAGUUCUACGCAUACCUCACCGCAAAUGAGAUCCUCGAUCUCUACCCGGACGACCCAUCACAGGGAAUCCCGGCGUUCCUUGGCGACCAGCGAGUACCCUCAGAGGGCUACCAGUGGCGCCGCACAUCGGCCUACGCAGGGGACUACUCGAUGCACGCGAACCGACGACGACAAUGCGAAGCCUGGACAGAGACCUCAACCCCGGCUUACUGUUACCGAUUCAAUAUGCGAGGGGCGGACGUUCCGUAUCUGUCUGGCGCUGCACACUUUGAGGAAGUCGCUUUUGUGUUCAACAACAUUGAGGGGCUUGGGUAUCACUACGGGAAGCCGUUCGCAGGGAUGCCAGAGUCGUACAGCCAGCUGAGCACGCUGAUGGCAAGUAUGUGGGCAUCGUUUAUCCACGACUUGGAUCCAAAUUCGGGCAUCAAGGAUGGGGAGGUUCGCUGGCAGGCGUAUGGGGCGGACCAGCCGGUCGAUCUGGUGUUCGAUGCGAAUGUCACGAGCUAUAUGGAGCCGGACACGUGGCGGAAGGAGGGGAUCGAUUAUAUCAACUCGAUGGCAGAGACAUAUUGGCGGUAG